UCGUUCCAUCUUUCAAUAUUCAUCUCCUGCUUACUUAAUACAUCAAUAUCUGAAUUGUGGAUAUUCUAAACAAUCUCAAGAUAAUGCAGAAAGUGACGAUGAAACUUUGUUCUUAUUUGAAUGCCCAAAUUUGGUAUGGUAUCAGAACAGGUUCAUAUGAUCCAAAUGGUGAAUGGUGGGGUAGGUCUUGGAAUUGGAGUCUAUCUAUUGAUCCACCUUGGAUUUUCUGGUCACCUUCCCUUUUCAUUCCAAAACAAAUGUUCUUCCCUGCACUUUUUCCACUACUUUUCCUCUAUAAAUUCAACUUAAGAGCUUUGAGUCAUGAUCAGAAAUGGCUACUCAUUCAGCCCUUCAAGCUGUACAGCGUAGAGGACCUUGGCUCCAAGAAGAAGACAGGCGGCUCACCAUGUUUGUAACUCGCAUGGGAGAGAGAAAGUGGGACUCGAUUGCCAAAGCUUCAGGGCUUGAGAGAAGUGGGAAGAGCUGUAGAUUCAGAUGGCUUAACUAUCUUCGCCCCAAUCUUAAACGCGAUCGCAUAAACAGUAAAGAAGAAGAAAUCAUUAUGAAACUUCAUAAGAAAUGGGGUAACAAAUGGUCGAGAAUUGCACGAUGGCUUCCAGGAAGAACUGAUAACGAGAUCAAGAACUACUGGAGAAGCCACUUGAGGAAAAAGUUCCCCAUUCAGCUAGAAGGUUCAUGGAAAAGUCUAGACUGCAAAGUAAAACACGGGAAACAGGACAAGCUCUCAUUGAGGCAUGACCAAAAUGAAAGGGAUGUUCCUUUAUACAAUCAUUUCGAGUUGUCGAACCUCGAGAUCACAAAUUCGCCAUACGAAAUUCGAUUAUCAAACUGGAUAUCGAACCAGUUGAUAAACGAGAAGCAGGAAGUGAAUCAUCAUGAAGAGUGCAACAAUUUAGAAUUCUGUUUCUACUCUCCAAAUAUGAACUAUGCACACAGAGAUGAUCAAACAGACCAUUUCUGGGACUCAUUCACUCUUUGGGAUAUCGAGUAGCAAAUCAAAUGUCGUCUCCUCCU